CGGUGAUGUGGCCUCGCCCCUUACCGCCCGCGUGCAGCUGACAGUCUGUGCGCGCAGUCACGGAGAGAAGCCUCGCGACCAGCUCAGUGCCCGCUGACGCACCACACCAGACUUACCGGAUCGACUGGAUCUACCGGGUACCGGUGACUGCAAAGGAGCCCGCGGAGAUAAGCAGCUGACGGCGUCUUGUACCGAGCUGACUGGCAGCCCAGCGGCCCUAUGAUGGAGGAGCUUCACGACGUUCAGCUGACGGAGAUCAAGCCACUGCUGACAGGACAGAACGGGAGAAACCUCCAGGAUUUUGAUUGUCAGGAACACGACGUGGAGACGGCCCAUGGUGUGCUGCACGUCACCAUGAGGGGGGUUGCUAAGGGCAACCGACCCACAAUCCUCACCUACCAUGACAUCGGACUCAACCAUAAGUCUUGUUUCAACAGCCUGUUUAACUACGAGGACAUGCAGGAAGUGACGCAGCAUUUCUCUGUCCUGCACGUUGAUGCUCCAGGACAGCAGGAGAACGCUCCUGUGUUCCCCACCGGGUACCAGUACCCCACCAUGGAUGAGCUGGCUGAGAUGCUGCCGUCCGUCCUGAAACAGCUUCAGGUGAAGAGUGUGAUUGGUAUCGGUGUUGGAGCUGGAGCCUACGUCCUCACCAAACUGUCUCUGAAUGAGCCCACUCUGGUGGAGGGUUUGGUUCUGAUCGACAUUGACCCCUGUGCUAAAGGCUGGAUGGACUGGGCCGCCUCCAAGCUCAGCGGCUGGACGAGCAACCUGGUCGACUUGAUCAUGGGGCACCACUUCAGCAUCGACGAGCUAACGGAGAACCAGGAGAUUGUCCAGACAUACAGACUCCACAUCUCUCAGGAUGUACCACUGGACAACCUGGCCAUGUUCUACAACAGCUACAGCAGUCGAACUGAGCUGCAGAUUGAGCGGCCUAUCCCUGGUCUCAAUGAAAGCACCGUCACCACGCUCAGGUGUCCCUCUCUACUGGUGGUUGGAGACACCUCGCCUGCUGUCGAUGUCGUGGUUGAGUGUAACUCCAGACUGAACCCAACCAAGACCACCCUGCUCAAGAUGGCGGACUGUGGAGGACUUCCUCAGGUGGUGCAGCCGGGAAAACUAGCGGAAGCUUUCAAGUAUUUUGUCCAGGGGAUGGGCUACAUGCCCACAGCUGGUAUGACCCGGCUGGUCCGCUCCAGAACUCACUCGUCCUCCAGCAUCGGCUCCUCUGAUGGCGUCCGGAGCCGCGCCGCCACACUGCCGGAGGGCGCCGCCGCCAUCCCUGGCCUCACGGCCGACCACGCCAUCAAGAUGGCUGCGUAGGGCCCCUCCCUCUCUCUCCUUCUCUUCUUUACAACACGUAACGCCGUCUUUAGCGACUCGCUGUCGGCCAUCUUGGUUGCUUCGCCGUGCCGCCGUACAUGUGACCAUACAUAGGUCAGCUGGUUCAUAUUUUCGUGCAGUUGUCGUAUUUCUUACGCCAGCUCAUCGGCUCUCUUCCUUAUUAUUCCUCUAAUGGUUAUUAUUUAGUUUUGGUGUUAUGUUGGUGGUGUUGUUGUUGUGAAAACUUUUUUUUUACCCACGAAAUAAUUCUCCUGAUCAAUAUCGAUGUCCCUGCAUCAAAGACGUUUUUUUAUGCAUUAAUCUGCUUCUAUGGGUUUGAUACGAUGUGUUCCACGACUUCAUGUUUGAAUUAGCACUAAGAUCCAAUAAGCCUCUAGUGGCCCAAACAAGUAUUACUCAAACUAAAGGACUGACCUGAGUCCUCGGGCCAUGAACGUUAAAGCAGAGAGUCUCUGGCUUCGUACCCGCUGACGUGUUCACCAGCUAUGAACACAUGCUCAUUUAAAGAUCUGAACGUCUUCCUCUGAUGGCGCCAGCUCGCAGUGACUUUUGGCACUUCACUGGACAUGUGACUGCUUUGACCUUGAAUGUCUCCCUCGGGUGUCUGAAUGCGUAUUGAUUAUCUGAAGAGCUCACACACGACUUUGGUUUGAUGAGCUGCACUUUAACUGUGUGUGUGUGUCACAUGUGGCCCGUUAAUCCUCCUCGCUUAAACGUUUCCAUGGCGAUGAAAGCACCGGCUUUGAGUAUUAUAUAUUUAUAGAGCUGGAAGAACAGCAGCCUUCUGAAUAAACCAAAAUCCCAGUGAUUCUUUUCACAAUAUUACCCUUCUAGAGAGAAAAUGUUAUGGAUUCCUUGAGCAACUUAUUUAGUUUUAGUCUUAUUUACUGUAACUCUUACUGUUCAUAAUAUUUAUUACUACUUUGAGAUUUGUACUGAAGUAGCUGUUUGAAUGUAAGCACGGUUUGUAAUGAAAUAAAGCUUGUUAAUCCUGAA